AUGUUGAAUCAACAACAAGGAAAGAGAACCAUCACUAAUUCAUCUCGAACUAGUCUCACGAAAUCAUCAAUAACUUCUUCAUCAAAUGCAACAACUGUAGUGAGUACUUCUUCUACAACUGCUGCUAUCAGUGGAACCACAAAUUAUAAUUCACGAACAGCAACAACAAGUCAUCAUCACAAUGGUGCAGCACAACCAACCUCAGGAAACCAUUCAGUCUCAAACCAUACUGCUCCGACAACCACUGCUAUGACGAUGAAUUUUGGUAGGCCAGUGCCAGCCACAUUUCAACAAAAAACAACAAAUAUCACCAAUAAUAUUCCAACAGUAACAACAACAACGAAACCAAAUUUCUUUGUUCCUCCAAAGUUUUUACAGCAUCAACAACCACAACAACAAACGAAUGGCGUUCCAAAUAGUGGAGUUGUGAGACCACCAACCAUGAACUAUUCUAAACCUUCAUCAGUAGUCAACGGUACUCCUUUGUCAUCAUCCAUGGCAACUGUUCAAACUCCCCGUCGUAUGAACAACAUUCCACAUUCUUCGUAUUCCUCUAGCACACCUCAAAAAAGUUCAUACAGAAAAAACCCUCUUAAUCUUGUCACAGCCUUAAGUCCAACACAUCCAUCACAAAAUACCACCAAUAGUCUAAAUCCUACUCCAACCAAAACAUCUCCUCAGUUAAACUUCACAACCGCAUCCUCUCACACAAGCUUCCAAAACUCCACUCUUUUGAGUCUUAAAAAUCCAGUAUCUAAUCCUCCUGUAAGAACUCCUAGCCAAAUCAAUCAAAGCAAUCAACCCAGCAACAAAUUUAUUAAACCUGUUAAAACAUCCACCAACAAUCAGGAACAUGCUGAUAAACAAUUAUCCCAUGAGUUAAAAGCAAAAAUAGAAGAGCUUGAAAGAUACAGAUCCGAAGUGGAAAAAUUAAAAUCAAAAGUUGCAAAAUUUGAGACUGAAAAAGAGGAAUUAGAGCGUUCAAACAAAGAAUUACAGGAUCAAUUAACAGUUAUGGCUCAAAAAACCGAAAAACCUCAAGAAAGUCAUAAUAGUGAUACAAUGGAUGAUGAUGUUGAAUUUGACGAAGAUUUCAUGACUGAAGUUUUAAAAGAAAUGGGUGAGCAAGAGUCACAAAAGGAUACUAACAAAAAAGAACCUGAAGAUGCAGCUGUCACCACGACUGUGACUUGCGAUGUUGAGAAAACUCUUGAAAUUACUGCUGUUACUGAGAAAGCCAAGCCUCCACCAGCGACUAAGAAAACCUCUAAGAGGAUAAAAUGGAAAAAUAAGAACAUUUCAGAAUUGCAAAAAGAUCCUUCUCUUCACAAAGCACUCUAUAAGCUGUUAACGUAUAGAGAAAUUUCCGAUCAAACUGAAAUUUUUGAACAAUUCGACAAACAGAUCACAGAGGACAGUGAUAACAUGGUCACAGAUGAAGAAGACAACUCUCUUUCAAGAAGACUUUGGAAAGCUCAUAGAAUAAUUUCAAAUGAUCAAUCCAAAAUGCAUCUAUUACUUCCCCUCUUAAGUGCAUAUCUACAACAAUCUGUAGACGAGGAUUUAUUUUACUGCACUCUAGACACUAUCCACAAGUUGUUACUUGAAAGUGAAAUAUUUCGAAAUUCUUUCAUUGCUUCCUUUACCAAUAAUCAACAAUCGUCAGACAAUCCACUAAAUGCAAAGAUCACUGAGCUUGGUUAUUGUCCACACGCUUUAUUUAAAAAUCCAAAUAUUUUUAUGAUAGAAGCGAAUAAGAAGAAUCUCACAAAAAAAAUUAGAGACAAAAAGCAUUUGGUGUCUGAGUUGUAUUAUUAUUUAGAUACAGUUCCCUAUCCUCCUGAUUACAUUUUUGACUCUGAGAUGGAUAAGCACGUUUUCUUUAAAAUUGAUAAUGUUCCAGACAUUUCAAAAAUGUCUGUAUGCAAAACAAAUCUACUUUCAGAGCUCAUUGAAUAUUUAUCCACCCAUCUAGAUUGCAACAUGGUGUUACAAGAUCACUCGUGCCUUGUAUUAUUAGACAUUCUCAAAGUUCUCGCAUUGUGGUGCUCUGAAGAUGCUCUAGAAAAUUUUUUGCAGUUAUUACAAAUUUUUGAAAAAGGAGCUGAACAUAUAUUUAACAUUAACAUUUUGGAGAAAGAAAUUGAGAUAUUGAUUAUCUUACUCAAGUCAGAAACUAUUCGCAAAAAAUUAUCGGAAACUAAGCUACUAUUUAUUAUUUCUGGUUUUCUGAAUGUAGAUUAUCCCAACACAAGUCCAGAUAAUAUUCUUAAACUACGACUAUUGAUAAUGCGCCUAUUUUCGUUUAUUGCAUAUUUGUGUCCUGAAGGAAUAUCCUUGUUAAAACAACCAAAAUUUACACAAGAAACAGUAAUCUUUGAUAGAAUGAUUUUAUUAUUGGCCAAAGAACUGGAAUAUUUGUCUUCUUUAGCAGAGUUUAAGAGCGAAGAAGAAACAAGGAUUCAAUUAGUCAGAGAGAUUAUUUUAGUUUUCAAUCAAAUUUGUGUCUUAAAUGGACGUCUAAACGCUGAAACUCUUUAA